GCCACGCGGUUUGUCCUCAACCGAACCCUUCUUGCUUUUACGCGUCCACCAUCGUCCAUCAUAGCGUGAGCUACGCGUCUCUUCCGCAGACAUGACUUCCUGGGCCCCUACGCCGGCAGGAUUGCAAGAAAUCCUCCAAACGAUCCACGACUCCACCGAUACACAGAACGCCGCAAUCCAGAGGGAUAUUACUCAUAAACUCAACAAUUUCACGCGUGCGCCAGACUACAUCGCCUACCUGGGCUACAUCCUGGCGGCUAUGCCCCAGGAGGAAGACCGAAUUCGAACCAUCGCUGGAUAUCUGCUAAAGAACAAUGCGCGACUCAUCUUGCGCUCCUCGCCCGACGUUAUCGAAUACGUGAAGAAGGCGGUACUACGCGCCUUCGACGACACCUCAAUCAUGGUGCGGAAUGUGGCGGGCCAGGCGGUUGUCGCGUUCUUGGGCGCGCUCGAGCCCAGGAACUGGCCGGAGUGCCUGGCGCAUCUUGUCGCUGCGCUGGAUGAUUCAGACUUUGACAAACAAGAAGCUGCCUUCAACGUUCUCGAGAAGGCCUGCGAAGACUACCCCCGCAAGCUCGAUGUCGAGAUCAACGGUACAUGGCCGCUCGAGUACAUGAUACCCAAAUUCUUGAUGCUCUCGGAGCAUCCGCGCGCGAAGAUGCGCUCACAUGCCAUCGCCUGUCUCUCGUACUUCGUCCCCAUCAACUGCCAGGCGCUCUUCGCGCAUAUUGACACGUUCAUCGCGUGCCUGUUCAAGCGCGCGUCGGACGAGGACCCGUCCGUUCGGCGGCACGUUUGCCAGGCGCUCGUACUCCUCCUGGCGUCGCGCCCGGAGAAGCUAAUGCCGGAGAUGAACAACGUGGCCGAGUAUAUGCUGUAUUCGACGAAGGACAAGAACGAGAACGUCGCGCUGGAGGCGUGCGAGUUUUGGCUCACGUUUGCCGAGGACCCCGACCUCGCACCGUACCUGCACCCGCUGCUGGGCAAGGUCGCUCCGGUGCUACUGGACUGCAUGGUCUAUGGCGAGGACGACUUGCUGUGGCUCGAUGCGGAUACUGAGGAUGCAGCCGUACCAGACAAAGAAACGGAUAUCAAGCCCAGGCACUACAGCGGCAAGUCCCACGGCUUCGAACACGAGGGCAAUGGCGAUGACACUGCCAAGCCACGCAUGGGCGCGUACGGAGAGGAGCUCGAAGACGAGGAUGACGAAGGCUUCGAUGAUCUCGACGACGAUGAAUUCGCGGAGGAGAUGUCGACCGAAUGGAAUCUGCGCAAAUGCGCAGCCGCCGCUCUUGAUGUCCUCGCCGUGAGAUUCGGCGCGGAUCUACUCAACGUGCUCCUCGAGUCCUUGAAGCUCAAACUCUGGAACGAGGACUGGCUCCAUAGAGAAAGCGGCAUCUUGGCGUUGGGUGCAAUGGCUGAGGGGUGUAUCGACGCGAUUGAGCCCCACUUGCCUACGCUUGUUCCAUACCUGAUUAAUAUGCUCAAUGAUCCAAAGCCACUCGUCCGUUCAAUUGCUUGCUGGACCCUGGGACGGUAUGCAAGUUGGUGUACCCAGCCUAUCUCAGACGAGCACCGUAACCAGUUCUUCGUUCCCACGCUCGAGGGUCUUCUCCGUAUGGUGCUUGACAACAACAAGCGAGUUCAGGAAGCUGGCUGUAGCGCGUUCGCGACCUUCGAGGAAGAUGCGGGCCCCGAGCUCGCCCCUUAUCUUGAGCCCGUCCUGCGCAACCUCGUGGUUGCGUUUGAAAAGUACCAGCAUAAGAACAUGCUCAUCUUGUACGAUGCAGUUGGCACAUUAGCCGAUGCGGUCGGACCUGCCCUCGCGAACCCGACUUAUGUCGAGAUUCUCAUGCCACCUUUGAUCAAGCGGUGGGGCCGAUUGAAAGACGAUGAUGAAGAUCUCAUUCCCCUCCUUGAGUGCUUGGCCUCCGUGACUAUCGGCAUGGGCACCGCCUUUGCCCCGUACGCCCCGCCCGUAUUCGAGCGGUGCACAAAGAUCGUCCAUAGUGCGCUCUUGGCGUACCAGGUGUACCAGCAAAACCCGGAGAUGGACGAGCCCGACAAGGCGUUCCUCGUCGUCGCGCUGGAUUUGCUGUCGGGAUUGACCCAGGGCCUGGGCAUGACACUCGAGACGGUCAUCCUCCACUCGCAGCCGAACUUGGUGACGCUGCUGACGGUCUGUCUGAAGCACCCUCAAGCACCGGUACGGCAGUCGGCGUAUGCGCUCGUCGGGGAUAUGGCGAUGCACUGCUUCCAGGUGCUCAAGCCCCACACGCAGGCCAUCAUGCACGAGCUCAUCGAGCAGCUCGACCCCGAGCCGAAGGUCGAGUUUGUGAGUGCCUGCAACAAUGCAGCUUGGUCUGUUGGCGAGAUCGCGUUGCGCUACGGUCGCGAUGAUCCGGAGUUCCGCCAAUACGUACAACCCUUGAUCUCGCGAUUGGUCCCUAUCCUCCUCCAUCCAAAGGCGCCGCGCAGCCUCCAUGAGAACGCUGCUGUCUCAAUCGGCCGUAUCGGUCUGAUGCAUCCCGGUAUUGUCGCCCCUGUCCUUCCUGAAUUCGCGCAGAUGUGGUGCCAGGCCCUUUACGAGAUCCGUGAUAACGAGGAGAAGGACUCUGCAUUCCGUGGUCUGUGCACACUUGUGCAGCACAACCCUGCUGGUAUCGCGAAGAGCCUUCUCUGGUUUUGCAACGCGAUUGUACGCUGGAACCACCCCUCUGCCGAGCUGAACAACAUGUUCCAGCAGCUCCUCAAUGGGUUCAAGCAGCAUGAUCCUCAGGGCUGGACAGCCCAGAUCGCGACAUUCCCGCCAGCAAUCCAGGAGCGGUUGGCUCAACGUUAUGGCGUCUGAUCGCAUCGCCGCUUGCAUACGUUGGCUGGGGUUUCUGUCUUGAACAUGUCGCACCCUGUACGCAUAGUCCUCGUCCUGUCCUGUCCCUUUUGUCGCGCGCUGUCUCGUAUCCCGUAUCCCCGUGUCUCUUGCAUUGAAUCUUUACGUAGUGUAGUCAUUCGCAGUUCGCCCCGCAUUUGGUUUGUUCAGGUAACACAUCGUAGGUACACAUCCGUAGGUAGCAUUAGUAGGUAGCAUUCGUAGCAAUAGCAUUCAGUAGAUAGCAUCGUAGGUAGCAUUAGUAGGUAGCAU